AUGAAUGAAUCAGAAUUUAAAAUUUACAAAAAAAGUUUGAAGGAUAGAGAAAAAAGUUCUUAAAAAACAUUAUGGUUAGUUAUUUAUGUUUGCCUUAUCUAACUACUAUUUGGAUCGUUUAAUAUUUGUGGUAAAAUAUUUUUGACAUGUGCUUACAUUUAUUCUUUCUCAGAAAGCCUUUCUAAUUUAGAUUAUGCAUCAUUAAACUUAGCUAAUUUUUAGUAAUUUAAUAUGUAGAAUUAUUGUUAGAUGGUUUCUCUUUUAAUUGGUAGGACCUUUAAGCCUUAGAUUUUUACCUAAUAUAAUUGGCAAAAUGAAAUUCAGAUUUAUAUUAUUAACAGCAUCUCUCAGUCCAAUAGUAUUCUUAACACCAGCACCUUAUGCUUGUUUAUGUAAAAAUUCUUUAUCUCCUGGCUGUAAUAAAGCUAUAAUAUAUUUAUAUGCACUUUUAGUAUCCAUAAUUGCUGGUUUAAUGCAAUCUAUAUAGCUAUUCACUAUGCUAUUUUACUUAUCUAAUAUUUCCAAAAGUCAAGAAAAAGUAAUUUAUUAUGGUGCGUUUUUUUUCAUGUAAAAUAAUACUUCAUUAAAAUAGUCAUUCAUUAUAAUGGUUGCUUGGAAGCUUAAUAGGUGAAAUUUUCAUAACUUAUGAUAACAUGAAUUCUUAAAAUUCAAUAUCAAAAGUUUUAGGAAUACUUAUUUUAUUAUAAUUUAUUGUAAGUCUACUUUAUUUGUCUAUUCCUGAAAAAUCUAAUGGUAGAUAUAAUAAAUUUUAUAGAACAAUAUUUGAAUACUACAAUUCCAAAACUUAAAAUUAAUCAAAAUUAGAAACUGAAGGAAUAAGAGAAUUACUCUUAAAAUCAACUUAUAUUAAUAGUGAUAAAGAUGAUGAAAGUGACACAUUUAAAAAUGAAGAACACAGCCCUAGAUCAAAAUCAACCUCAUAAUCAUAAAUAGACUUACAUUUAUUUAAAUCAUAAACAUUUUAAAACUCUAAUACAAAAUCAAUUAUGACAUUUUAAUGUUUUUCUAUUGAAGAGUAAAGUCUAGUUGAACUUUUAGAAUCAGCUCAUUCUAAUUAAAAUACAAAGAAUUCUAUAUCAAUUGAAAAAUAUCAAAAUCGUAAUUAUUUUUAAAACAUAUCUCUAACUUUAGGGAAAUUAAAUGAUGAAGGAUUUUUGUGGUUAUUGUUUUUAUUAUGUUUUAUUGCCACUAUUUAGGCAUUUUUGUAUAUUUAUUUUUUUCCAUUUUUUGCCUAUCCUGGUAGUAAGAAAUUAUCAUUUUAAGCAAAAUUAGUAUUAUAAGGAUAUUUAUAUGUAGGAGUGGGUGAGUUAUUUGGUUCAUUUGGAAUAGGUUGGCUAGGAGAUUCAAAAGAUAAAAUAAAGUAAAUAUUGCUUAUAAACAUAAAGUGCCCUUAUCUAUAUACUUUAUAUUUUCUAAUUUGGUUGCCUUAUAGCUUGGACUUCAUACUAUUUUUAAUAUGAAAUUUUAGUUUUGGUAUUCUCAUGUUCAACAGGAUUUUGUGAUUCAGCUAUGACUUCAACAGUGAUAUCUGUUUUAACUUUGAGAUUUCCUAAAGUAAUUAUUAAUUUAAUAUAGCUCAUUUAUUUAGUUGAUUUGAUGUAUUUUAUUUAUUCUAUUUCAUUUGCUAUUUUAGCUUUAGUUUUCAUUUCAAGUAAUUUUGAUAACAACACAUUUAUAUCUCUUAUUUUAUUACAGACUUUUGGAUUACUUGGGCUAGUUGCCAUAUACAAAAUUAAUAAUCUUAUUCAAAAUAAUUAAAUUGUAGUACUUUCAUGA